GAGCAGUGAGGAAAGAGGAAAGGAAUAUUUACUGUGUUAUUUUAUCUUAAACCCAGGUUUUUAACUUUGUUUUUUUUUUUUUUUCACCCGAAAUCACGGGAGCUGAGUCACGGUGAGAUCGUUCUCCUCUUCGGCCGCUUUGACGCAACGUCCCGGGCAGAUUCGACAUAUACGGGACAAUUUGUCACCUAAAAUGUGCUUUUUAAAUCUUAUUUUAAAUGAAUUCUGCCAUUGUAUUCGCCCAUUUACACUGGCAUAUACUGUUGUUAGAAGCGAGGUUAUGUUUACGUGUAAAAAAAAAAAAAAGAGACUAUCCCAUCUCGAAUAAGUACCAUUGAAACGGAAAUUUGUGUUGGGAAAAAAAAAAAAAAAGAGCAAGCAAAAUUUAUAGCCGACUAUCCCAUCUCGAAUCAGUACCAUUGAAACGGAAAUUUGUGUUGGGAAAAAAAAAAUCCGUGUUUCCAUUAAGCUUUGUCGUUAGUGAAGUACCAGGAAGUGGACCACCUGAAUCGCCAUGACGUCACGCAUCCACAUGACCCGUCUCAGGAAUCUUUAAGGAACAAACUUGUGGAUACAAUUGAAGUUGCAAAGACGAGCUUGGAUUUCUCUCAUCUUUUCUUCUGAGCUGCCGCCUAACGAGCCCCUUCCCGAUUGUAUUUUUAUUUGUUAUCCCACCCCCGCCCCGGCCCCCCCACUGGAGCACCGAACACCACCGCCGCCAUGCAGACCUCGUCGCUGCGCCGGCAGAUGAAAAAUGUGGUCAACAACUACACGGAGGCGGAGAUCAAGGUGCGUGAGGCCACCUCCAACGACCCGUGGGGCGCCUCCAGCUCGCUGAUGGCCGAGAUCGCCGACCUGACCUACAGCGCGGUGGCGUUCACCGAGGUCAUGGGCAUGAUCUGGAGGCGGCUCAAUGACCACGGCAAAAACUGGCGCCACGUUUACAAGGCGCUCGCCCUGCUGGACUACCUGAUCAAGACGGGCUCGGACCGCGUGGCGCAGGAGUGCCGGGACAACAUCUACUCCAUCCAGACCCUGAAGGACUUCCAGUACAUAGACCGUGACGGACAGGACCAGGGUAUCCACAUCCGCGAGAAGGCCAAGAAACUGGUCGCUCUGCUGAAAGACCCGGAAAAGCUGAAGAAGGACCGGGCCCAGGCGUUGAAGACCAAGUCGCGCAUGGUGGGGGUCUACGGCGAAUACGGGGAGCUGCCUCCUCCGUAUCCCCACGCCACCCACUACGGGAUGUACGCGUCCAGAAGUUCUCCUUCUUCUCUCCACUCCUCCUCUCCCUCGCCGAAGCUGGCGGCAGACUUGGAGCAAGCUCGGCCUACCACCACGGGGGAGGAGGAGCUCCAGUUGCAGCUGGCCCUGGCCAUGAGCCGGGAGGCGAGUGAAAAGCCUACCACGACAACAGUGGUUCUCGAUGAAAAGACCGCAAUGCAGAUCGCUGUGAGCGUCAGCAGAGAGGUCGCCAAGAAGUCAGUCAAGCGGACACCCGCCACGCUGGACAUGGAUGAGGACUCCCAGCUCCGCUUAGCGCUGAACAUGAGCAAGGAGGCACACCAACAGGAGCAAGUCGGUCGCCAGGGAGACGAGUCAAUGCUCAAGAAAGCUUUGGAGGAGAGCAAACGCGAGAUGGCGUCUAAAGGCGGGACCGCCUUCAUGGACCUGGUCGAUGUUUUUGCAGUGCGCAAAGAUCCGCCUCCAAGUGAAAAUGUGUGGCGUAAAAGCCCGUUCCAGGGGUCCGCUCUCGCGGGGGGCACGGACCCUUGGGACCCCUUGGACGGAAGCAGCGGCUCGUCCAAAGUGGAUUCUCCCUGGAUGGCGGCGCCCGCCUCCAACAGCCCUCCGCCGCCCUGGGAGCCCAGCCCGCCCCCGGUCAACCCUUGGGACCCCCCGCCUGGCACUGCCUCCUCCAACCCAUGGGCCAAGGGAUCGUCUGCAGUGGAUCCUUUCACAACACCAAAACGGUCUCCUCGCCGAGCUGUAAGCCCCUCAGAUGGCGAUCUGUUCGACGAGGCCAUGGAUGGAGGGAAUCUCAACGGGCAGAGGGAAGGCAGCCCCGAGAUGUUUGACUUGUACCAGCUGGGACAGAGCCUGGCGGAAUCCGACCCUCGCACGCUGCGCACCCCCGAGUCCUUCCUGGGCCCCGCCGCCGCUUCGCUGGUCAACCUGGACGCCCUGAUCCCUGCCAAUGCCCAAGCCAAGGCCAUGAACCCUUUUCUAUCAGGCGCGGGUCCUUCCACCACCGUCAACCCGUUCCAGCCGGAGCCGGCCAGACCGACUCUGGGUCAACUGGGCUCGGGCUCGGCCACGCUGCAGCCUUCUCUGCCCUACAGCGCCUCCCUGCCUCUGCCCGCCAGCCAGCAGCCGGCCAGCCUUCCGUCGUCCUUCACCCACCCGACCCACGCCGGCGGCCUGGAGCUGCCCCAGCCUCUGUUGCCCCUCUCCACGGGCGGCGCUCCGGCGUCGCAGCCCGCGCUGAACUAUCAGAACCCUUUCCUAUGAGGAACAAUUCAACUACAGUCGCAAAAAGGGAAAAUGAACUGCAGCCCGAAGGAAUUGAGUGACACCACCUCCCACUGUUUGUUUUCCCCCCUACAUUGUGGCAUAACAAGCUAAUGGAUGCAGUAACAGGUUAGAAAUUAUGUAUCAUGUAAAACUUCUUUUCAGGCUAUCGGCAAUCGGCUAACGUGUCAAAAAGAAGAAAAAAACCCUGUAAAUUGUCGCCGUUGCACUUUGGCUUUUAUUUCCACUCAAAUGUGUUCCGCCUUUGUCUAGUCAACAAUCCUGUCGCACACUCAGCUGUUUGUGGCACCUGCUGCUGCUGCUGCUGCUGCUGCUGUUGUUGUUAUACACUAUGGACUCAAACAGCAUUGUCACUUUUAUUAUUGGGCUGAAUUGGAAGAUAAUGUAGUUUGGGUGGGCUGAAAGUGCUUCAGGUUUUAUGCUAAUCAAUCAACACCAAAUUAGUAGAAUGUAUUCGAAGCACUCCAUCAAUUGCUUCUAUUUUAUAUAGAUACUUGAUAUUUCCUCAAAUAGUGGCCGUCCCUCAAAAAUAGAUGCUGUGACCUUAAUAAUCAGUUAGAAAAAUAAACACUUCCUUCAAAUAAAUGCCCCCACCCCCCUCCCCAAACAAAACAGGAUAGUAGCUGGCAUUGUUUCAGUUCUUAGGCGCUUAUGUGGAGACUAGAUUCAGGCUAAUGCUAACAUGAGCCCAUUUAAAACGGUUGCUACCCAAAACAAUAGAACCCACUGCAUCCUUAGCAUGUUUGUUUUUGUUAAGCAAUGUUAGCAUCAUGUAAAACUCAUUGUAAGGCUACCUGGCUAACGUGAGCCCAUUUUGAACUCUGUUGCCAACACAUUUGCUGACCAAAACAGCAGCGUGGAAACAGUAUUUCAGAUGAAUUAAAGUCUGGAGUCUUA